CAAUUUUGCAAAUUCGCCUGUUUGCACUCCGCCCACAAUAUCCAGUGAUAUCUGCUGACAUGUUUAUACAACAGGAACUUUGUACAACAUAAUCCCUCACUUUCUGGUCUCUUUGUGAUCCUACUAAAACUACCACCAGAUUAAUAUCAUUCCAACUUCCCAAAUGUUUUCUUGCUCUUCUUGCAUUAAACAGUUAAUUUUCUAAACACGUGAAGAAGUGAAACCGGAGCUGUCAGUGUCUCACUUCCGUGUUUUCUGUUUGGUUCGUGCAGAGCCUGUAACUUAACAAACUUCCAGAGAGUCUGCGUUCGUGGAGAAUUAACUAUUGGAAACAUAUUUCUAAAGAAGUACAGUCAGCACAGACACAAUCAGGUUUUUCAACAAUGUGUGCCCCUCCUCGUUCUCUUCUCCUUCGGGCGGUGAUCAUUUUGUGUUAUGCCAUGACGGGGCUGCACAGUAACAUGACCCCUCAUGGGAAGACCUGCCAAGUGGUAGACGGCAGAGCGGACUGCAGCCGCCUCCGCCUCAGUGCGAUCCCUGCAGACCUUCCCAGGAACAUCAACAGCCUGGAUAUGUCCCACAACAUAUUGGCAAAGCUCCCCCCUGAGUCCCUGACCCCAUACAGAGGCCUCCUGCGCCUUGAUGUCAGUUACAACAGCAUCACAACGCUGGACAAGGGUUUGUGCCAGACACUUCCUCUGCUGCAGACACUGAACAUGAGACACAACGAAUUGCAUUUGCUGAGGAAAGAGGAUCUGAGCCACUGCAGCAAUCUAACUCAGCUGAAUAUUGCUAGUAACCGACUGAAACUACGAGAAGAGCCGUUCUCUGCACUACAGAACCUGAAAUAUCUUGACGUUUCCUCAAACAACCUGCAGACAGCAGAGCUGGGCUCUCAGCCUCAGCUGCCCAGCCUGGUGAAACUCAGUUUGGCAUUCAAUGACUUCACCACUCUGAAGACCAAUGACUUUUUCUACCUUGUCAACUCCUCCUCUCUAAAAGUCCUCAACCUGUCCUCCGUGUUUUUAAAAAAAUUGGAGCCUGGCUGCUUUAAGCCCAUUUCAGCCCUGCAUACAUUAAUCAUGGAUGGGAGCAAUAUGGGGACUCUGGGGAUCUCUAAACUCUGCUCAGAGCUCUCGGAAACAGCCAUUGAUGUUCUGUCUCUUCAGACGAUGAAGCUCGUCACACUAACAAAAACAACCUUUCAAGGGCUGCAGAAAACAAAUCUAACUUUUCUGGAUGUUUCCCACAACGGCAUGGGUACAAUAGAAGGAGGCUCAUUUCAGUGGCUGUCCAAACUUCAGACUCUCAUUUUGGUGGAGAACAACCUCAAACACUUGACCAAAAGCACAUUUCAAGGGCUGAAAAACUUGAAGAAACUCCAGUUGACAAAAGCUUUGGUGAAAAGUCACAAAACUAAAUACCCGGUCAUCGACGAUUUUUCCUUCCAACCAUUGAGCAACCUGGAGAGCUUGAUUUUAAAGGAUACAGCAAUAUCAGACAUCAGUGAGCACAUGUUUACAGGCUUAACAAGUCUUAAAGAACUCGAUAUGAGCUGGUCUAACUGUCCUUCUCUCAAAAACCUCAACAACGAGACCCUAGCUUCACUUGCAGAAACAUCUCUCCGAAAGCUGAAUCUGACAGCGACAGCAAUUAAUCUGAUUGAUCGUGGAAGCUUCUCUAUGCUUAGCAACCUCACUGUUCUUCUUCUAGAUUUUAAUUUUAUCAAGCAAACUCUCACUGGUGAAGAGUUUCAAGGCCUAGACCAAGUUCAAGAGAUCCACUUGUACAACAACCACCAGAGAAUCAGUCUAAGCCCCUCGUCAUUUAUUCAUGUGCCCAGUCUUCGCGUCUUAACGUUAGGGAGAAGUCUCAGUACAUCGGUCUCAAAUCUACUUCCAUCUCCGUUCAAACACCUGUCCAACCUGACCGUCCUGGAUCUCAGCAACAACAAUAUAGCUAAUGUUGAGGAGAACACAUUUGAAGGGCUUGUGAACUUAAAGGUGCUGAAGCUGCAGCACAACAACUUAGCUCGUUUCUGGAAGAGUGCCAACCCAGGUGGUGCAGUGUUGUUUCUCAAAGGGUUACGAAGCUUGACGACUCUUCUGCUGGAUAAUACCGGCCUGGAUGAAAUCCCAAUGAAGGCUCUGAGGGGAUUGAGCAACCUCCGUGAACUAAGUCUUGCCUCCAAUCUCCUUGACAGGAUGAAGAACUCCAUAUUUGAUGAUCUGAGCUCGUUGCGAGUUUUGCAUUUACAGAAGAACUUUAUCACAGCUGUGAGGCCCGAAGUGUUCAAAACUCCUUUGAGUAACAUAAGCCUUCUGAACAUGGAGAAAAACCCUUUCGACUGCACUUGUGAGAGCAUCCUGUGGUUUGUGAAUUGGUUGAAUAAGACGAAUAGCAGCAGUGUGCUCGGCCCAACAGAGCAGUACAUGUGCAACACUCCAUUAGCUUUCUUUAACCAUUCCGUCACACAGUUUGAUGUACUUUCGUGCAAAGACAUGACCCCAUUUCAGGCAAUGUACAUACUGAGCAGCACCACAGUACUCAUGCUGAUUGUGACUGCUCUUGUGGUUCGCUUCCACGGUUGGAGGAUUCAGUUUUAUUGUAACAUCCUGAUCAAUCGCACGUUAGGAUUUAGCGAUGCCUCAGCCGAAGAAGGCAGGGAGUUUGAAUAUGAUGCCUACAUCAUACAUUCAGAGGAAGACAGCAGCUGGGUGGAGAGGAGGAUGGUCUUGCUGGAGAACGAUAAUUGCAAAUUUUGUGUGGAGGAUCGAGAUUCGGUUCCUGGAGUGUCGCAGCUUGAAUCAAUUGUCAAUAACAUGAGAAGUUCUAGAAAGAUCUUGUUUGUCGUCACUGAAAGCCUGCUCAGCGAUCCCUGGUGUAGCAGGUUCACAGCCCAUCAAGCAUUGCACCAGGUCAUUGAAGACAGCAGGGACUCUGUGGUUCUGGUCUUCCUGCAGGACGUGCAUGACUACAAGUUAUCUCGCUCGCUCUUGCUUCGCAGGGGCAUGCUGCGUUCAUCCUGCGUCCUGGACUGGCCAGUCCAUAAGGAGAGGGUGCCGGCCUUUCACCAGAAGCUCCUCAUAGCAUUAGGCAUGACUAAUCGGCUGCAGGAGUGACUGGAUCCUAUCUAUAAGAUAGGGUAUUAUCUUUUUAAUGAUAAUUACCUGUGUAUAUAUUCAGUUUUAGCCAUUGCCAUUGUUUUUCCCUCUGUGUAAAUACUGUAUGUAUAAAUGUUGUCCAUUAAUGUGUAUAUUAUACAUGUAAUUCUGCAUGAAGUGUAGAUUUUUGAUUUGCAGCUACAAAAUGAUAGAAGGGAUAUCAGCACUAUUAGCUUUGCAGCUUACAUUUAAAAAAAGAAUCUUACAAAAACAAAUUAAAACAAAAAAAACCCUUCUUUUCUUAGAAAUAAAAAACUCUCCAGACUAUGUUUUAAUGUUGUGUUAUCUACUGACAUCUAGUGGUUAUCGUAAGAAACUACACAGAUCUAAUCAGUGGGACACUUAGUAUAGACAGGCCUGAUAAUGCUUGGGGCAAGGAAGGCGGCACUAGAGCUUUACAAAUAAGAUAAUGUUUUUAUUCUUUAUAACUUUAAGAUGCUCUUUAAGGGGAUAUCUGCCUAAAUCACUGAAAUUAAAGAAGUUAAUCCUUCUAGAAUAGAUAUGUUGAGGUCCAAGAGCAAUACAAUGUCAGAUAAUAGUUUAGUCAGAAUGUAAAGCUGUUUGUUCUGUUGGUGAAAGAUCUGAGUGUGAAUGUUUGUCUGUAAACCUAUGGUAAUAAAAAGACAAAGUAAUAAACUACA